CGAGAUUCGUCCCUGGAUAGUUUUAGAGGUGACACAGCUUCCAGCAGCUGACAGCUGACGCUGAGCUACUAGUACUAUCGAAGAAUAUGCACUAGCCUGAUGACCUUGACGUGAGCGGAAUCUCACGAAUUUAUGUCUGUGCGCGCGUGUGUGUACUUUGGUGAGAGCGAGUGUGUAUGUGUGUAUGGGUGUGUGCGUGCGAGGGAAUGAGUCUUGGAGAGAGAUCAAUCCAGUGAAAGAAGAAACAUAAAGAGAGAGCGACGCUCAGGCGAGCGGUCGACGAGACAGUUUCGGUUGAGUCGAGGAUCUUGAGAAGUGAGUGACAAGUGAGACUCGGAGAAGGUGGGGGGAGAGUUCGAGCAGGAGGAGAGGAUUGGAUCAGGGUGAGGAGAGUGAUCGAGCACGACUCUCGGCUGCACCGAGAUCGCGCGGAUCAUCCCCACCAUCAUCAUCUUCAUCCACCGGACGAAGAUUGCAAUUCCUCUCUAGAGCCUGCAGAGAAGGAACCGAAACAAAGACAAGCGAGACUGAGGGAGGAGGAAGCGAGAGGGCCAUCGUACGGAGGAAGAUCUCGAGAAGAAAAGAAGCACGUACGAAGCGCCAGCCUUGGGGCGCCCCUCAGACUGUCAAAAAGAGCAACCCAUAAAAAAAAAUCGGAGAAUAAUCGAAAUACAGGAUUGGCGUCGGACGUGCUGCAGGACACGGUGAAAGAGGGAAGCGGAAGAUGGAGAAUCUGCUGAAGAAUUGAGCUACCUGGGGCGAGCGCCGUGGGACAUCGAGCGACUUACUUGGAAGCGAUAUGGCGUGGAAAGCUUGAGCGGGGCGGAGGGGAGGGAGGGGGACGCGCUCGGUGGGAACGCGAAUCGGGAGCCGAUCGAGGAGGCAAAAAGCUGGAGUGUGAACGAGCGAGCGGGAGGGCGGAGGACGACGACGAAGGAGCGAAGUGCAUGAUCGGGAAACGCAGGCCGCCACGUAGGAGGAAGCGCCGGAAAGCGGCCGAGCAGCAGCACCAGCAGCAGCAGCGGCGAUGAGAGAAGUGCGAGAGCAGCUGUGGCGGGCGGGCAAGUACGCUGCGGUUGGGAUCGUGGUGCUGGGCACGCUGCCGGUGCUGCUGCCAUCGGUCUUCAUCCUCGCGGUGCUGCUCUUCACGUUCGCGCUGCCGCUGGUCUGCGCAAUUGCGGGCUUCUUCUACCUGCAGCGCCAUGCCACCAUGCUCUACCGUUACCUGCCUGGAGGCGCGGGCGCGGGGGCGGGCCGCUCCCUCUCCACCUCCUCAACGUCCUCCGCCUCGGUGGCGCCUCCCUCGUCGCGCUCCGCCGGGUUCACGCUCCUCGAGCUGCUGCGCAAGGACGUGGACUCGAUCGACACCUUCGAGGUCGUGGAUCAGGAGUUCGACGCCGUCGUCGUCAGCACCGUGUCCAAAUUCGCCAGAGCUCUCAAGGACGACGCUGAUCGCCAAUUCCCCUGCAAGAAGCUCGAGGCUCCGAGGGCCCCGUCCGAUGCCUCGGCGGAAUCGCCCCUGACGCUCGUCGAUCGCGAUGAUUGCCGCGCCGAGACUCGUGCCCGCGUGGAGGACGACGACGACGACGAGCAGGAGCAAGAAUUUUGCAAUGCCGAAGAUUUGAGCGUUCUCGACGAAGACGAGCACACGGAACUGAUGGUGGAUUCGCGUCUGGUGCAAGGAGCCGACGAUACGGAGCAGGAGAAAAACGGAGAUGGGCAGUUCGUUGGAACCGUCCCGAAAAUUUCUGACACCUACGGCGUCGUCCGCGAUGACGAGGAAAAGAACCCCUCGAUCAUUGUGGCUUUCAAUUCAGGCAGUCAUGUUGUGAAUGGAGAGAAGGAGCGAGCUGCAGUGAACGAUCUGGUGGCGGUUCUGGCGGGCGACUUCGACCACACUUUCUCGAGCGCUGACGGCGAGAAAGCGAGAGAGCACGAGGGUGUUUUCGAGAAUAGGAUUAGUGAGUGCGAGGAGAGGAGUGGGAAUCCUGAUGCGUCUUGUACAAAUUCCGGUGAAGGGGUUGGAGGAAAGCAGGGAGUUGAGAGCGAGAAGAAUUUUAAUAACGACGCGAGUGAAGUGUAUGAAGAUAAAUUAGCAGCAGUAAUUGAAUAUAGAUUGGACGAUUUAACUUCAGAGAAAUCAUGUGCAGUUCAUCCGGGAGUAUCAAGUCCAGAACGAAGUGUGUCGAGUUUGAAAACAGUGAGCACGUCUGGAGCAUGUCGUCCAGAAUCGGCUCCUGCGACAUACGGAUCGUUGAAUAUGCUCCGGCUCGACGAGUCUGCAUCCGACCAUGAAUACUUUGAAUCAACUUCAGACGCUUCCUUCGAAGCACCCCGGUCGGAGAAAGAAAUAGACUUCCAAGACAAGGAAAACCAACACAGUUUAAAGGCGCAAUCCUUAAGAGAAGUGGAAGGUUUUGAUGGUGAACAAUAUGAUCGCUAUAACUCGUCUUUACAGGAUGAGGAUGGCUACAAUUACGAGGUGCACUCAGAAGCUCCGGCCCGAAAAGACACGGGUGAAAUUGCUCGGACUCCUACCACCGGUACUCGAGAAGAAGAAUCCUGUUCAGCAUCUUCCGGUUCCGAGGAAGAGGCUUACGGCCCUCCUUCUACUACGUCUCACGAUUCCGACGCAUCGGAAGAGACAGCGGGGAUGAUGAAAGGGAGCAGAUCAGCAAUAUCUUUCUCCGAGGACAUGUAUGACAGCGAAGAACAAUUACAUUUGCAGCAGUUUGCCCAGCUAUUGCAGUUUUGGCGUGGAAAGGAGUUCCAGGCAUGCUCGCCAGUUGACCACGCAAAGGCGCAAAACCAGCACAGAUUGAGACUAUUUCGAAGACCACCACAGGUGCGCGACGAGGAAGAGCGACAACUCAGAGGGGAAUUGAAGGCCAUCAAAGAAGUGGUCGGCGACCAGGAGGCUUCCAAAGGUCCCCUUGUUAGCGACAUCGAGGAGCUGAGUCAGAUUUUGGGCAUCGAGUUGCCAUCCAUGAGCGACGACAUACCGGAGUUGGAGUGGGCUAAAGUGGCUGUAGAGGUCAUGAAGGUUGUGGUUGGCAUGGAAUGACAACUUGCUUCAUCUACUGUGUGUGAAACGUUGACGAAGAGCAGGCGUGGGCCCAUAAGGGCUGCCUCUGGUCCACAUCAAGGGCCGGUGGCUCAGCUCGAGACAGGAACGCUUCUGGUUUAGCGCCAGAUCUGUCUCAAUGCUCAAAGGCUGGCACUCUGAGCACGGAGCUUGUUUGCAGCAGGUGGAGCUCAGAGCGCUGCAGAUUCGCUCACGAAUCGUAGUUCUCUUCCUCUGUGGAGAGCUACAUUCAACCUCAUCAGAAAUAUGACACUUCGGAUAGAGGUCCCAUGAUAUUGAACUUCCUACUUUCUAGAGGAAUGAGUUUUCAGAUAUAAGUCAUAUCUUCUGAGCUUCAUAUUCUAGAACUUUUAUGGUGUAUUAUAGGUAGUGGCUAUUAAUCCGACGGAAGAAUUAGACGGGCUGAAUGCGUAGAGCAGUGGACCGUAGAGAAGAGUUUCCCAACUUUUGCGAGUGCACAAGGUACCACCAGAACUAGGGCUCUGUUCAUACUUUUCCCUUGUCACAAUUCGUAUAUGUUUUUCUACGAGUUUGAGAGAAGAUAUCACCACAUUUGUACUACUAUCUAUGCUUGCGCUCACGCGUCGUGGGUAAAACUCCUUCCAUUCUUUACACGGUGUACAGGAUUUGCAGAGGUUAAUAUUUUUCAUUCUCAAUCUGGUGUACAGGACUCGCAAUUUACAAACAGAAAUGGUGAAUCUCCCCGGCACCUGUGGAGUCUCUGCCGAAGAGGUGCAUGAAUGAUCGGAUGGAGCCUUUACCAGGGAGAGUGAUAAGUGGGGAUAAGAUUGAAAUCAUUGUCAAUCUCCCAGCUUGGUAGUUAGCGAGAUCUCAGGCUGAGGAUGAGCUGUGGCAGUACUGUAGUCGAGUCGA